CCGCCGUUGUCGUAAUGUUGUGUUUUUUUUUUUUUUUUUUUAACGUCAAUGAUAAAAGUGGUCUUUUUGUAUUAAUUUUUUGUCAGCAACAUGAGCGCUCCCAUUCGGACUCUGCUUUCUGUAGAGGUCUAUAAAAGAAAAAAAUAAUUUAAUAAAAAUCUUCCAAUUGCCAAAUGAUGUGGCUGCUAUCUCCAGGAAAAAGAACAGCAUUUUUAUUAUUAUUUUUUAAUCAAAUGUGAAAGGAAACGACCACCUUUAAACCUCAACCUUCCUUUGCUGUUAUUUUGAGACUUGCUGGAAUUUUUUUUUUUGUGUGUGUGUGUGUGUAUGUGUUAUUUUUAAUCUGUAAUCUCUAAGGAAUUAUUAAAUCACUCCAAAUGACAAACUGGUACGCCAGUGGGACCACAGUGACCAGGUCACAAAACUGCUGGUUUAUUUGUGGAUGCUUAAAACAAAUGGCUACUUCAAGAUACUUAACCCAAUCCCUUGUAUUACAAAAACAUUAUUUCAGUGGCUGUGAAUAAAGAUUCUAGUAUAGUCAUUCUGUGGGCUCCGUUCUACUGUGAAGAUCAUGCGCUUAAAGAAACUGCUUUCUGGAAAUUAUUAACUAGUUAGUACUAUCUGAAUAAUGUGUGCUGGUUAACUAUCAACUGCCUGCCUGUCAUUAUUGAACAGUAGGGUUUUUAUUUAAAACCCUGAAAUAACAGAUUGACAGGUAAUAGAAUAUGCACAAUGGAUUUCUUUUAAAACAUUUUGAAGAACACAAAGGAAAAAGGAUCUGAGGAGGUAAGAGUGAGGGUAUCUUACUCUGUGUAUUUAUCUACUGUCCCAUCCUACAGCACUUGUGUCAAUAACAAAAAAGGCACAUUUUUUAAUUUUGCUACAUUUUUUGUGUUGGCCUUGCACUUGCUUCAGAAUAGGGCCUGUUGUCUGGGGGCUUUUUUGAGUUGUUUUUAUCAACAGUGGGGUUAGCACAAGCAGGGCACAAGUAAGCCUGAAGCCUGUCCUGGAGGAACCAUCCUACUAAGUGGAGUAGCUCUGUGUCAUUGUGCGUCUGAUCCUGGGCUCCUGUCAUGAGAGGGAUUGUCCAGGUAUCUGUUGUGGUCCAGAGUACAGGAGGGCUCAGUGGAGAGCAGUCUCACUUCACUUGUGAAUCAAACCCAGGCUAACAGAAACCUGAAGCCACUGUGCCAUCCACCCCUUCAACACAUUCAAGAAGUCACAAGUUGUUGAGCCCUUGCCUGGCCGUCACAGUAAGCUUUUACUCUAUAUUGGUAAUGUGUUGCUUGGGACAGCUUUUGCACAUAAAAAAGCUGGGAAUGAGGGGGAAAAAACAAGCCAACUUUCUGGCCAACACAGUGGAGUCUGAUGUUCUUGGAUACCCUGUGGCGUUUUACUAGAACGGUUUUAUUUCCCCCUUAUUGUUGCAUGACUGGUUGUGCAUAUGAAAGAGAUUGCACAAUGUUUGGAUAAUGGUUUUCCCCUGCGUGUAUUGAGAUUUGAGAUUAGAGAAUGUGAAAGUAAAAGUCAGAAGGGAGUCUGGCAAUACAAGUUCCAAAGCAGACAUUUUGUCAUGGUGGUUAAAUCUUCAACAGCUCACAGCUAUCUCAAAGCAGACAAAGGUAAGAAAAUAACCCUAUAAAAUUGUAAACGGAUAGACUGAAAUGUUUACAGUGUGACCUUCCUCACUAGAACCAGGCUCUUUGCUCACGAAAGGCUGCAAGCAGGUACCAGCAGGUUUCGUCAUGAGUGCUUUCCCUCAGCUGUGCAUGUGACACACCUCAGCCCUGACCCCACCUCUCUCCUGCCACUCUUGUCUGCUGUUUGUUUUUUGUUGAUUUUAUUGAAUGAUCCCUAGGGCUAAACCGAGACCAGCAAAUGCAUUUGGCUUAUGUGUUGAGCCAGAUUUAAACCCAGGUGAAAGACUUUACAGAUUCUUAGCUGGACAAAAGGUAAUAGUUUUCUAGUCAAUGACAACCGAAACCAGCAGAUUCUUUCAAAUAUACUUGUCUGGCAAGUCAGUCAUGCUUUAAAUGCCCUUGAGAAAUGCACUGAGCGGAAAAUGUGUGGGUUGUGCUUUUGAUUUACUGUAAACAGCUUUAUGUGCAGUGAGUGAGUGUGUUUGUUGGAUCGCGAUGGAUUCACUGGCUGACAGUGUGAAAGAGAAAGCCACGAUGUGCAGCACCAAUCCCUUUGAAGACACAGAAACCCUGGAGCAAGUUUCAUUACAGUCUAUGGAAAACGGAGGAGAAAAUCUUUACUCAGCAGAGAAGUCUGAUGUGAUUGGUAAAUUAGAAUCAGAAUUAACUUCAGUUCCAAGUGACAGUGAGCAGCCCAAGAGCCCAGAUGGACCAAAAUCUCUCUUAAAGAGAAGCAGCCUGGGCAGGCUGAGUUCAAGGCUACUCUCGGGACUUGGGAAGGAUGGGGAGGGGAAACGAGAGCAGCGAAAAUCUGUCAAUGAAGAUCAGUCUGAACGCAGGAAACUCUCAGGAUCAGAAUUAAUUUCGGUUCCAAAUGGCAGUGAGGAGCCCAAGAGCCCAGAUGGACCAAAAUCUCUCUUAAAGAGAAGCAGCCUGGGCAGGCUGAGUUCAAGGCUACUCUCGGGACUUGGGAAGGAUGGGGAGGGGAAACAAGAGCAGCGAAAAUCUGUCAGUGAAGAUCAGUCUGAAUGCAGGAAACUCUCAGGACCAGAAUCAUCAGUCCCAGGUGACAAUGAGGAGCCCAAAAGUCCAGAUGGAUCUUUGCCUACAUUGAAGAGAGGAGGUCUGGGCAGGCUGAGCUCAAAGAUACUGUCUGGGCUCAGAAAGGAUGGGAAUGCUAAGCAAGGCCUGGUGAAAGCUGUUGCUGAAAUAAGAGCAGAGGAAGUUGAAACGCCACUUAAACAUAAAGAACCUGAAGAGCCCCUGUCAGUCAUGGAAAUCCAUGAUCUAAUUAACAAGGGAGUCCUAGAAGAAGCUCAUAUACAUCUACUGCUGCUGAAAAAGGAGCUGGAUUCAGAGGCGUCAAAGACCGUGCAAGAAGGCACUCAGUCAGAACUGUUAAGGAAAACGAAGGACAUGGAGCUGCUCUGUGGCACGCUCAGGAAUAAGCUGAAAUCUAUCGUGAAAGACUCGCUGAACAACUCGCAAGAUCUUCUGACCAAUGCUGUCAAAAUAAUAGUAGAGGAGGACAAGCGAGAACACGAUCCGUCCUAUUCUGAAGCCAGCUGUCUCAAAGGGCCCCAGGAAUGGAAGGAGCUGUGGAGAGAGGCUGUGCAAGAAGGCGUGCGGGACCGAAUUGCCAACGUCCCCAUCGCAAAAAGAGAGGACAACCAGUCGUGGCUGGCUGUGCACUUAGCGCUCCUCGGGAAGUCUAUCGUUGAUGAUUUGGAGAGUGUGAAGACCAUGGUACAAAAGUGCUACCCAGAGGACUUUGGCGUGUGCAACACUUACGUGGCAAGCUCUCAUCAAGAAGUUUCUUCACACUUGCAAAAGAUCAUGCAGCAAAAGCUUGAAGUGAACGAAUGGUAUGCCCUUUUGAACUGGACGAUCAACUGCUAUGAAAGUGAUAAAAUAAUGGGGAACCUUGUUUUGAAACCAGAAGUAAACACUGAAGGUAUGGAUCCUUUAUUAGAUAAAGAUACAUUGGAAAACAUGAAGACAAAUUACAUCACUGGGCUGCAGGUGCAACUGAAACACUGUUUGGAGAAUAUGUUAAACAUUGAAUCAGAAAAAAACUGGGAAACCAAAGAUGAGCCUGAGAUACUGAAUGGCUAUUACCAUUCAGAAAUACAGAUCGAUAUAACCGAGAUGGUUCACAGGUAUGUUGCGACUUCACGAGAAAUCGACACAGACUUGGAAGAGAGGGUUCUGUGCACCUGCUCAGAGGAGCUGAAACAUUUCUCACGACACUUCAACAACACUUUCAUGGAAUGGAGAACUUCCUCCCCAAACUCUGCAUUACAAAAGAGUCUCUCCAUUGCUUACAUUAACAGCUUCAGCAACAUCAAAACUGAAAUGGACAAAUACAAAGAGAAAUGCCCGGCACAGAUAGAGCAAUUGAACAACGAGCUGGACAAAGUGAUCCAGGACUUGGGAGCAACGCUACUAGCUGAUUUUAUACAGGAGACGGAGCCAUAUUUUAAGAAAUUAAUGACAAAGAGGUGGCUUUCGUGUGAGGAUGAUUUUGAAAAGAUAAUGGAGAUUAUUGAAAAUCAUUCCGAGCUUUACAAGAAAAUGAAGCAGCCCUGUUUUCAGAAGUGUGUGAAUGGCAUCCACUACAGUGCUGUGAAGGGAUACGUCACACAGAUAAUGAAGAAGAAUUAUUCUUGCAAAAACAGAAAACACGAGCGAGCGGCAGCCAAGAUAAAGGUGGAGUCGGAGGCUCUCCGGAGUCACUUUGAUGACAUGGGUACCACUUCGAAAUGGCUUCACUCCGCGGCACUGCAUCUCGGUGACAUCGUUGGAGUAAAGAACAAAAGGGACAUCAAGGAAACCAUCCAGCCUCUCGUUUCUGACUUCCCAGAUAUCAGCAAGGAACAUGUCUCUGCCAUUCUGUAUUUCCGAGGGAUCACAAAAGGCCCUGAAAAGCAAGCAAUACUCCAACGUUUACAAGAACUGAAGAGCUCACCUAAAGCGAUUGUGAACAGAAGCAGGUUACUUUUUGGUGCCAUCGUAGUCCCAAAGGCUAACGCCUGUCUGCCUUUGACCUAAUGAUCGUCAUCAUCUUCCUGUCCAAAUGCCGUCUGGCAAUGUAACCAUAUGCGUGUAUCUAAAACGUUAUAGACAUGUCGUUGAAACGUGCCUAAUUUUAACAUUUUUUUAUGACGUUUGCAAUCAGUUGUUUCAUAUUGCAAUUGCUCAAAGUUGCUUUGCCGGGAUUUCAAGGGUUGCUCUUCUGUUCUAGUUGCCUGCUGUAGACAUAUGGAACACAGGCUUGAGAUGUUCCGUUUACUAACACGUAACUGUGGGAGCAGAGAUUCGUUUUUAGGAGUCUCUUCAGAAGUGGCCCCUUGAGGACAUUAGUUAGUAUAUGAUAAUGAAUUUAGCAGGAACAGAGAACACGCAGUAGGGAAUGAAGGGAAAAAUUACAUAUUUUAAAAAUGUAGUAUAACAUAUACUUUCAGGCUGUAUUUUCUUUUCUUGAAAUGCUAAAUGUAUGUAAAGGGAAAGAACAGUUAGUACAGUAUUUCUACUGUAAAGCAGAGAUGGAAUGAAUGUUAGCAUUGGCAUCACAAUCACGGCAGAUUAAAAUCUGUGCUCCAGACAGAAAGUGAUUUACAGAACAGUAAGUGUGACAGGAAAGAGAAAUCUAUGCAGAGAAUUCCAUUGGAUCAUUUUGGAAAGUCCUAAAGUGUUUUACACAGCACUGCUGUAACCCUUGUAAUGAAUCCAGAUGGAAUAUGCUUGAGUCAAAGGAAUCUUUUUUUUUUUUUUUUAUGCUUUUAAUUGCAAUGUAUACAGUGUGGGAUAAACACUCCCAGGCAGAGAUAUGUAGACAAAAACAAAGACAAAAAAAAAAAGCUUUUUUGUUAUUUCUGGAACAGAAAGCAGAUUCUCUUUGCAUAUUUCACUAUUGUUUUUGGAUGUUUUAGAUUUUUCUUUUUUGCUGUCGACCCUCUUUCCACCCAUUAUUUAUAUUAAAACCUUUUCUUGCUUUGACUUCUGGGCAGCUGAGAAUGGAUAUUAUCUGGGAGGAGCUUUUCUUUUUCCCCACAGCCCAGUUAGUAGCUUAUUUUAACCAACACAAGUCUUUAUUUCCUAUCCCUCUCAAAGUGCUUUCUUACAAUAGCAACACUUGUCCAAAUGUUUUUUUUUUCCCAUCUGUAUAAUCAGUAUUGGUGCCCAUAUCAAUGAAUUAGCACUGAAUAAGAAACAUAUGCACAGACUCAAUAAACAAAACAGAUGUAUACUCCUGAAAUGACUACCUACAGACUGUAUUCGAAUUCUAAUGCCUCUAGACUUUUGUAACAGUCUGCUUGAAAAAGCUAAGAAGUCCAUUCAAAACAGUGACCUCACAAUGACCGAUCAAGUACCUCGGCUACAUAAUGGACUUCCCUUCAAAACCUAAAACUCAACAGGAAAAAGUGUUUGCAAGCCCAUGGACUAAGUAAAAGUUUGUUAGCAAUGUGUUAAUACUAAAGCAGAUGGUGUUUUAUAACCCUAAAAUGUGCAUCAGGCUGUUCUCUGUGUAAUUUCUAUAUUAGUUAAAUACUCUUGCACCUAAAGAUUUGUUAGGAGUAACACUUUACAUAGGGUCUCUAACUGUAUUUACAUAGUAGUUACUUAGUAAAUACAU